CGUUUGCGCUGUACAAUGUUUGUAGAAGACAUUAGAACCGACUUCUAUAACGUAUUGCUUGGAAAUAGAGUGUUACUGCUAGUUCAUUACGAUGUCGACGCGAUAUGCACCUGUAAAAUCCUUCAAGGGUUGUUUAAGUGUGAUAAUAUUUCGUACACAUUGGUACCCGUGGGUGGAAUGUCCGAGUUAAAGACAGCGUAUGAAGAGAACAAUGAGGAGAUAAAAUAUGUAGUGCUGGUGAAUUGUGGUGGUACGGUGGACUUGGUAGACAUUCUACAGCCUGAAGAAGACGUAGUGUUCUUUGUUUUGGACUCUCAUAAGCCUACAGAUGUAUGCAAUGUGUAUAGUGAUGGACAGGUGAGGCUGGUGUACAAAGAUGAUGAGGAAAACAUCCCCAAUUUUGAUGAGAUCUUCAGAGACGAUGAGGAUCAAGAUGAGGAGGAGGAAAUAGAAAGUGGAAGGGAGGGCCUAGAAGCCCUUGUGGAGCGGCGGCGCGCGCGCAGAGCUUGGGAGGAGAGGAGGCAUACCCUCAUGUUUAAUUAUACACAGUUUUCUUACUUUGGGAAGCCUGUAGCAUGUGUAGUCUUGGACCUGGCGUGGCGAAUGUCGCGCUGUGGCUGGGCCGUGCUGUGGGCGGCGAGCGUGGCGGCUUGUUCGCACGCGGCGCUGCACCGGCGCGCACCCGCGAGGUGUCUCUUAGACAUUGACGCCUUGCACCGCUAUGUAGCUGGCGGGCAGAGACAGACUGAUGCCGAAAUUGACACUGCAGCAAAGGUGGUGUUGGAGAAGGACGCGUUCUUGCCGCUGUACCGCCAGUGGUCCCUGGACUGCGCGAUGCGGCACGCGCCGGCGCUCGGGCCUUACUUGAAGCAGCACACCAUAGCCGGUGCAGGAAGGAUACGGCAGCUGUUCGCAGACAUGGGUUUCCCACUGCAGCAAGCCCGCCAGUCGUACCGCUCGAUGGACGUGGAGCUCCGCCGGAGCCUGCUGGACUCGCUGGAGGCCGCGGCGCCCAAGCACAAGCUGCCCGUGCCCACGCAAGUCACAUUUCUGCUGCACAGGCCGCAUUCGCCUGUCGUUGCUGCUCUGGACUUGGUCUACUGUAUACUUGGCCUUAUUGAACACGAGGCCACGCCCCGGGGCUCCGGCUUCCAGCACGCGCUGGCGGCGCUGGACACGGCCAGCGGCGACAGCGACAGCCGGCGGCUGGGCGCGGCCGCGGCGCAGGCGGCGCUGCAGGCCGUGGCGCGCCUCGUCAACGCCACGCUGGCGGCGCGCAAGCUGCACCUGGCGGGACCCUUCAGCUACUUCAUCGUGCAGGAGGGCAUUCCCGAAGCCGCCUUCGUGAAGGGCCCGCUGUGGCUGGGUGUGGCGGCGCGGUGGGCAGCGGCGGCCGCAGGCGGAAACCGGCCGCUCGUAGCCAGCGCGCCCGUAGAUAAUACUACUUGCCUGCUGAUUGGAGUGCCGCCCAGAUACGAGCAGGAACCCAAGAAUCUGUUCGGCGCCGCAUUUGAGCAAGCAGCCACAAAGAGCGGCAUCUCAGUGUCGUUAGACUACAUGGAUUCGGCGGUCAUCACUUUGCCCAUUGCCCAGAGGACGCAGUUCUUGGAUGCCUUGACAGCUUUGCUGGCCUGAACAUUGUGUGUUGAAGUGUUCACGUGUAAUAUAGUGUUAUUUUUGUUAACACCAAACCUCGUACACGGCAUUCUUAUCACUAUUAUAACGAAUUGUAAAAAAAUUAUACAUUUUUUUUAUACGACGCACACAACUUUGGAAAAUCAACUAUUUUUGACUGAAGAAUGCUUUGCCGGGGCUUCAGAUUAGUUAAAAGUAACCCUAUGAAAGUUAAUCUCCGCCUUUGUCUUAUCUGUGUGUUUAAUGUUGGAUUUAAUACGAAAAUGGCUGGACUAUAAUGUAAUUUAAAAAUGUAUGCAUGUUGUUUGAUUUUACUCAAUGAUAAGGCCAAUUUACAUUGCCGCGGAAUGGAUAAGAGCGGACGCGUCAUUUCACCUCGUUGCGCGAAAAUUUGCGAGAAUGCUCGAGAAUUCUUAUGAUUACGCCUCAAUCUUUUACAUGACACGGAUGGUGGACUUGGAUGUUGUUUUUGUUUCGCUUAUUUGUGAAGAUGAAAAAAUGAAAUAUAUGGGUUAAUGACUUAUGGAAGAAUGGAAAAUUUUUAUGACCAGUAUCCCCAUUUAGUAAAGGCUUGAUGCCGCAAUGCAUUUUGAAAGACGCGUGAAGUAUUUUUUUCAUAUCUUGUUUGAAUGUUACACAAGUUGCAUAAAUUUCAUUAUGCUAUAAACAUAUCGUUUCGCAGCAAUGUAAAUUGAGCCUAAGUUAUGUGUGUAAUACUCAAUUAUUGUUCCAUGUUCAUUCUAUGUAUUGUGUGUGAUUCCUUUCGCUUUG